AUGGCUAGUGGAUCGCUGGCAUAUCGACCACACCAGGAUCUGGACACAGACCUGACGAAGUUUGGCUUCCUAGUCUAUGCCGGAACCGUUCGUGACUUUCACGAGUGGGAGUUCCGAGCUAUGACAAGGUGGAAGCAGACCAAGGUUGAGGAUAGAUCCGACCUUGCGUCCAAGUUCCUCGACUCCUUAAGGAGCGAGGCAUACAUUGUCGCAGAGGAUUUGGGUACCGACGUUCUGUUCUCGAGUCAAAACAUCCCCAAGGUGAUCGAGGCAGUUAGAGAACGCCUGUUCCCUCUGGCGGAACAAGAGACGAAAGAACUUUAUCGGUUAGGGACCCAAGUCGGCGGCAUGUUGUCACGACAGCCGGGAGAGCCGAUGAUCUCCUACAUCGACCGCCGCAAGCGGUGGCUACGCAAGCUUCAGCAAUUAGACAAGGCCCUUCACAUAAGUGAAGCGGUGCUGACAGAUCUGUUGCUGGAUAACAGCGGGCUCACCCGGCAAGAGCGACUCAUGGUGCUGACCUCGAUGUCAGGCAGCACAGCGACGAAGGAUGCUGAAGCAUCGCUGAUUCGCAUGCAUAAUCGUAUCCAUACGUUGGAACGAAAGCAGCCAUCCGCCAAAGGCGGAACUGGCAAAGGAAAAGGUUUUCCCAGGAAGGGAGACCGAGGAAAAGGUAAAGGAUACGGCAAGAGAUCCCAGAAAGGGACUGCUUACACGUACCUUUCGGCCGUAGAAGACCUCUUCGAGUACCCUGACGCCGACGAAGACGACGACGGAACAGCCUACCUGGCAGGCCAAGAGGGCCAGGACGGCCUAGACGGUGAAGGGCAGGACUGGGCGUAUCACGGAGAAGAACUCCCCGUGUACGACAGAGAAGAAGACACCGCGUGUGUUGCCCAGUCGGCCGACGCUUCCCUAAGGGACGUCGAGCUUGAUGUCUUCACCGCCUUUAUAAGCGCUGGGUUCGACGAGGAAGACAAAGAGGCUUUGGCGUUUCUCGCAGACACCGUGCAGUGCGAGACCGUUGCCUUUAUGGCGCGGGCCAAGGCUAAGGGUAAAGGAAAGUCUGUGAUGCAGAGGAGUGCACAUGGAUAUCGGCCGCGAUCUACCGGUCUCACUGUUGAAGACAGGAGACGGAAGCUCCAUGAGAUUAAACUCAGGAGCACAUGCAAAACGUGUGGCAGAAAGGGCCACUGGGCUGGUGACAAGGAAUGCCCAGGCCCAGGAAAAGGAGCAGGAAAGCCUGCAGUGGCACACCUUGCCCAUGUUAGGCGUGUGAUGGAUAAGUCCACACAGACCUGCGACUUUAGCGCUAGCCCCAGGGAGAGCGACAGCGAGAGUCAUAGCUUUGACCCAGAGCCAACAGCGAACUACGUUAGCUUGGGUCAGGACUCUGAGACGGAGCCUGCGGCGUACAUGGGUUUCUUCGACAAGACCGACUUUGAAGAGUCUGACGAAGAGCUCCUGGACGACUUUGCGUCGCAAGGCGCCCCCUCCACGGAAUGGGAUACUAUACAGUACCCUGAUGGCAGCGACCAGGUGUUUCGGUUCGGGAUGCACAGGGGUAGCACCUACCUUGAGGUUUUGCAGAACCACCCCGAUUACUACCAUUGGGGUCUCAAGGAGAAAGAGCCGAGCACCAUGCUAGAAGCAUGGCUUGUCUGGGUGUAUUGCAACUUUGAGGUUCCACCGGUUGGCGGUGGAAGGGCUACACUCAGGGCAGUUACGUUGCCGGUGGAGGCCGACUCGCUGCAGAAGGCUAGGAAAGAGGUGACCCUUGAGAAGGAAAUCCCGCAGAAGCUCUUUAAGGAGCAGAAGGGACUCGCCGAGCAGGUGCAGCAGUCUCCACUCAAGGUGCAGAACCUCACGAGGAGACAGCUGGAGGAGUACAACUUUACGAAGUUUGAGGCAGGUGAGGUGGUUAAGAAGUUCUUCAAGCACAUGGACAAGUUUUUGUUGAAAGUUGACCAAGUCAGUUCAACCGAGUUGUCUAGUUGCCUUGAGGAUGCGAUGGACCAGGUUGUAGAGCGGAGUGCACAGCCUCGUGAGCAAGCGUCGCCCGCCGCCGCAGCAGCAGCUGGCCCGAGAGAGAGAGGCGCAGCUGUUAGAGACGCCAUGGCGGCGUCGCCUCCCAGCGGGAAGGGCUGGGGAAGCCGAGAGAAGUUCGCCGGCGUGGCGACGGCGGAAAAGAAAGGUGAUCCUGGAGAGGACACCAAGCUGACGCUCACCGCUCUGGUGGGGCAGCUGCAGAAGGAUGAUCUCGAAGGAGACAUCAGCCCGAAGAGCGUGCAGAGCUCAGACAGUGAGCCUGCACCCCUGGACGAGGAGAUUGCUGAGCCGCAACUCCAGCUCGUGGAUCCCUUAGAGGACCACGAAAACGUCUGGGUGAUGCUGGACGAGGGCUGCAACCAGACGUGCCACGGGACGAAAUGGAGGGCUCACUCCUCAAAGGUCCUGGCAAAGUUUGGGUUGCAGUUCACCAGCGUGCGCUCGAGCGGCACGAGCUUCAAGGGCGUUGGAGCGGCUCGAGCGACGGGCAAGUUCGCAAUGCCGUUCGCCCUCCGCAUCAUGCCGGAGAGCGGAGGCCUUCGCCGGAGCACCCGUCUGCAAGGAGAGCUCUCCAGCGUGGAGCUGGACUGCCUCCUGUCCUUGCAGGAUCAGGUUCAGCUUGGCCUGAUCAAGGACCUGAGGCGCGGCGAGUGCCGAAUCUCGGGGUACUCCGGGACACUGCAGUUGGCGAGGCACUCAAAGACCGGCCUCCUCCUCCUGUGCGUGAGCAGGCACAGAAAGUUUGCAGUGAAUCCGGAGGUGAUCCCUAAGAGGACAUCCAAGAAGGAGAAGAACACUUUCUCGAUCCCUUUGAGGGACGGGACGUCACGCAAGAAAGAACCCUUGAUCCCUUCAGGGGACAAGGACAGCACGGCGUACAUGCUGUCCGAGAUGGUGAAGGAGACCGAAGGGCAGCGGAAGAACGUUUUGGUGGUCACGUUGGGCUUGGAGAAGCUAGAGACCUGCCAACGUGGGCGCGGCACCUACCGUGGACUCACGGAACUUUUCCGGGGUAUGCGGAAGGGGCAGUCGCACGAGUUCUCGCUGAACAACGAGGCCCACGAGGACACGCUUCUGGAAAGCCUGCGCCAGAACUUUGAGUUGUUCCGGGACUACGCCACGGAACAGAUCCUUUUUCUGGACUGCCGGCACAUGAACGACCCGGGCAAGGACAAGUUCCUCAGGGACCACUUAGGCACGUACCCCAAGAACGUGCAAGCCAUGGUUUUGGACCCGAAGACGAAUGGAAAAUGGGUGGCGUUCAUGAAGGAGGUCGUGCCGGCCGUGCACAAGUUCAUCCAGGAGAACGAGCAGUGCGUGAUUUUUAUGUUUUGCAAAUCGGGCAGACACAGGUCUGUCUCGAAUGCAAAGAUCAUGUACGAUCUCAUAAAGGAGACGUAUGAAGUGGAAGCGAGUCUACUUCACCUUUGCGACGGCUACAACUGGCGAUAUCUAUGCGGUGGUUGCGCGGAGUGCAACUGGGAGUCCAAGGAGGCUCGAAGCACCGCAGAGAAGGUGAUGGACUUCGCGAGGGAGCGCUGGUUCGAAUUCGUGCCCAAGGUGUGGGUGCGAAAGGAUGGCCAGCGCCGCCUAGGCGACGAUGGCGUCGUGGUGGAAGAGCCGAUCCCUUCGGGGACAGCUCAGGCAGCGGGCGCGGGAUCAAGCAGUGACCCGCCGCAGCCUGACUCGGCUGUCAAGCAAGAGGCCGCUCAAGGCGAGCAGCCCGGAGAUGAGGACCACGACGAGGACGACACCGCUGGGGCAGCCGAGGCCAGUGCCAGCUCGAAGGCACCGGCGCAGCCUUUCACGGUGGAGACCCCAGACGGAGUGUCGGUGCCAGUCCACGACUUGCGCCCCGAGCUGGAAGGAUUAGAUGACAAUCACUAUACGCUCGUCGCCAAGUACGUGGACCACACCUCGCUCACCUGCGCCGUUGCCGCGAAGUACUUAGACUACGAGGCGGCGAGGGCACUUUUGUCGUCGCUGGUGGCUGACGUCCGAUCCGGAAAGCGGACGGAGAAAGAGUGGGACACUGACCUGGAGCUGGCGAACCGAAGCCUGGACCAGGCGAUCUCCAAGGCCGCGGCACAACCUGGCGCAACCACAGCUGGCGUGGGACACGAGGGAGCCGGACCACCGGUUCGUGUGUCCUACAGGGCACACGCUGUAAACUCCUGGGAUAAGGUCCCGACGGAGUUGCAGCGCUACCGCAAGCACGUGGCGAUCCAAUGGACGCCCGAUGGGCCAGGGGAGUGGCGCGAGACCAACGUGGCCGCCCACUCAUGGGUUUACUUCGGCGACCGUUGGGACCAGCACCCGCGCCACAUGUUGGUGUUCUUGGUCCCGCCACGCGGUGGCAGUGCCUUCUACGUUGGAGGCAUGCUUCCGGAUCUCAUGGCUUCUGACCUGAAGGUGAUGAAAAAGGAGACCGGAAAGAUGUUUGAGGAUUCUUGCAAGAACCUCAACACGCACGACGACCUGCUGAUGCAGGCCUUGGGGCUUCCGUCAGUGGCGAUCACGGGCGAUCCGCCCACGAUCUUUGCCCUGGCGAGCUCGGAGUUCCAGCCCGGAUCCCUUGAGAGGACCGGCGCUAAGGUGAUCGUGCGACACCCUGGCUACCGUAUGAUCCUUCUGGAGGACAUCGGUUGGCAAAAGCAAAUCUCUAAGGAGAUUGCUAAGAUCCGUCCCGACCUCCUGCUCCUGGUGUACAGUUUGGAAGACCAGGUAGGUCUCACCCCGCAGGUACAGACCUGGCUCCAGUCCCUCUCCGCGUACACAAAAGAAGCGAUAGGUGAAGUCAUGUCUAGUUGGGCGAACUGUGACCAUGACAUACACUACUCACCUGUGAGCAUCGACACAGUAGGCACGCAAGUUGGUUUUGCCGAAACCUUGUUGCUUGUGUUGCGAGAGGGCUGUGUAGAGGACCACGUUGCUGAAGCGUUUCCUGUUGAGGCAAGGCAGGAUGAGGUCGAGCAAUCUGGUACUCUAGAUGCUAUAGUGGAUCUUAGAGACAACAGGACCACUUUUAUGGAUGAUCUGGAACUCGCCGAAGAAGCAGACAUCUUAGACACGUUGCCUCUAGCAGGGUUUCCGAAGGAAGAGUCUGAAAGGAGGAAGGCGUGGUCUAAGGUGCCAAGGCGUGUUCGCUUGGGGAUCAGGAGAUUGCACACCAUGAUGAACCACAAGCCUAAGGAGGUGCUAGUGCAGGAACUCCGUGGGGCAGGUGCUUCUGAAGAGUUGGUGAAUGCAGCUAAGAUCUUCAAGUGUGAGUCUUGCAGGGUUAGCGAAGAGAAGGUUCGCACACACCCUGUGUCAGCUCCACCACCUUACGAGUUCAACCACACAGUUUCGGUGGACGUGCUGGAGACUGCAGACUCAACAGGCGCAAAGUUUAGCUGGCUGAACAUUAUAGAUGUCGGCACAAGCUAUCAAGUUGUGACCUUGGUCCGCGUUGGUGGCGGACAGCCGAGCUCAGCCAAGUGCUUGCAGAAGUUCAUGCAGCACUGGGUUUCCCCUUUUGGGUGGCCAAAGGUGGUUUCCCACGACCGUGGUUUACACAACCGGGGCGCUUUCGCUCACGGCUUGGGUAGCCAUGGAGUCCAGAUCCGCCAAGCCGGACUGGAAUCGCCUGAGCACAUAGGAAAGUGCGAAAGGCAUGGAGGCAUCAUAAAGCGAGCCUUCAAGCGUUUGGUCAAGGACCACAACGUUGUGGGCAAAGAUGAUGUCAAGGUGGCGAUGCUCGAGGCGCAGGUCGCAAAGAACGAGUUCAUGCGUGUUGGAGGCUUCAGCCCCACCCAGUGGGUGCUUGGACGCCUGCCCAGAGGAGUGGGCCACGUUUUGGACGAGGAAGAGCUAGGACAGCUUGGAGUCUUGUCGGGCAGGUUAGAUGCCACGACUGCGUUCGGCCGCCAGGCCGAAUUCCGCCACACUGCCAGAAAGGCAUUCGUCCAUGAGGACUGCAGUCGCAGGGUACGAAAGACCGUUUUGCGAAAAGCGGCUCCCCUGCCGGGGAAAUACCAAGCUGGCGACCUAGUUUGCUAUAGGAUCGCGCGAGAUGAGCACUCAGGUGUCAGUACGUGGUCGACUGUUAGUAAAAUAAUCGGCUUCGAUAACAAAACAGUCUGGGUGGUGCAUCAGGGCGUACCUGUGGCGACCAGCUUGGCACGAGUCAGACCGUGCACAUCGGCUGAGGUUCUAGCGUUCCAAGUGUUGAACCGUGGCAACAUACAGUACGAGCACGCGGAGGUUGAACGCGAGCAACAAAGGUACAUUGAUGCCACCGGGGAUGAUCUAGUACUAGACAACCCAGAAGAGCCACCGGACGGAGGAAUUGGAAUAGGUUCUCCGAUCCAAGUGGAUACAGAAGCAGAUCCUCCAGAGACUGCGGCCGCUGCUCCAGAACGAGCUGUUCGAAGGAGAGUUGGAGCAACACGUGAAGAGUCACGGGCCGUGACUGUGGAGGAGCCGGAGGACGAGCAGGUGGACCCUCCAGGAGGGAUCCAAGAGCCGAUGGCUGAGGACACGGCGGUGGACGCCGAUGGUGAGGCCGAGGAAAGAACCGUUUGGAACUCACUCCCCGGGGAGAAGGAGUACGAGGCCUUACGGGUUUUCUUCGCAGACCGCGUCGAGGACGACAAGAAAGUGACGCAGUGGCGCAAGCGCCGCAAGAACUUUACGUCCAAGAAGCAGAAGGAGAAGCACGGGAAGAUCCUAAUGUACCACAAAUGCCCUGAAGAUGUCCAGAAGGAACUGGACAAGAGCAGAGCCAAAGAGUGGGCAAAGUGGCAGGACUUCAGUGCUGCGAUCAUUCUUGAUGACGCCCAGUAUGACGAGUUGAUCCGUGAAGGACAUCAAGUCAUACCUACCCAAUGGGUAGAGCUGGACAAGAACCACAACAAGAGGUUACUUGAUCCUACCGUGGAGGCCAACUACAAGAGUAGGUUGGUUGUUCGGGGUGAUCUUGAGAAGGGUGUCAAGAUUAAAUCCCUGGACGUGACUAACGCCUACUUUCAAGGACUUCGCGAGAACCGCAUCUACCGCGCUUUGUACAGUUACACAGAUGCCGAUGGGGUUGUACAGUUGCUCUUGACGUCCCACGUAGACGAUCUAUUGUGGGCUUGUGAUCCGUCAUGCGAUUGGAUCAUGAACGAUCUCAUUGAGACGUUCAAGUGUGGGAAGGUUGAGACCGGGAGCUUCAGGUACUGCGGGAAGGAGAUAAGCCAAGACGAGGAUUUCAAUAUCCAUGUGACCUGCAGCGAAACAACGAGGAACGUGAACAAGAUUCACGUUGACAAGAGGAGGCACCCGGGAGAUCCCUUAACGGACUCUGACAAGACGCAGAUGAAGAGCUUCGCUGGGUCCCUUGCUUGGGUUUGCAGACAAUGCCGACCCGACUUAAGCUAUAGGGUAUCCAAGAUCCAGUCGGCUUCUAGCAAUGGUACCGUCGCUGACAUCAGAGAUGCCAACAAAGCGGUCGAGUACGCUAUUAGCACCUACGACAGAGGACUUGUUUUCAAGUCUGGGCUGUUGGACUGGAAGACACCAGGUGCUCUUUUGAGCCUGGUGAUUACGGACGCUUCUCACGCGAAUGAGUCCGAAGAGAUGAUCAUAAACGAGAUGACAUCUGUGGAAGGACACCGGAGCCAAGGUGCAAGGAUGGUGUUUCUUACAGACGGCGCCCUGUGGAAAGGGAACAAGGGUAGCAUUCAUCCCAUCUUGUGGGCGAGCAACCUCGUUCGGAGGGUAUGUCGCUCCACCAUACAGGCAGAGGCCUACACACUUCAGGCAGGUGUGGAGGACGGUGACGUGCUGAGAGCAGCAGUCACUGACAUCUUCGGAUGCCUCGAUAUGAAAAGGUGGGAGGCUACGUCGGCCAAGUUUGUGAAACAGAUCUGGAUGACAGACUGUAAGAGUCUGGAGCUGACGCUUUCGAAUCCGAAAUGCAAUAAGCAUUCGGACAAGAGAUUGAGCAUCGAGAUCAAAGCAGGAGAUCCGUUUUACGACGACUACAAGCCAGCGGAUGAUCAGUUAACUGACAUCGUCAGAUGGAUAGACACUGACGUGAUGAUCGCUGAUCCGUUGACGAAGGUCAUGGAGCCGGUCAAGUUGGUUGAAGCCCUGAAGACCAACACACUCGACGUAGAGCAGCCGCUCGAGAGUGUCGUUAAGAAGCGCGCCAAGCAGCUUCAGAGGAGGUCGACGAAGAAGGAAGAGGACAACGAGCAAGACCGUUGA